CAAAACCAAUUCUUCUUGCAGAUGGCAAAACCAAUUCUAAAUGAAGACGUUGGUUCGUUAGAGGAAGGGACAGUUCAGAAACACACUGCAUCAGAGGCUGGGAUGACUUUAACCAUUGAUUCUCAUAUUGACAUAGAUAAAAGUCAUGACACCAUAAAGCAUAGUUUACCUUCAAACCAUACUACGAGCGACAAUGAAACUCCAAAAGUGCAAUCUGCUAGCGAUGGAGUAGCAUUUGAGAAAGUAAAUAGUUCGUUACAGGAAAAAAUAUGUACUAGCACUCAAGAAACAGUUUGCCAAGUAGAGGAGGGAACUUCUUUGAUAUCACAGAGUAAAUCAAGAAGGAAUAUUUCGUCAAGUUUACAAGAAUAUUGUAUUUCUGUGUCUGCGGAUGUUAGUUUCUUAGGUGUAGGAACAGGCGCUAAUAAAAAGGUGCUUUUGGACUCUGACACAAACUAUGAUAUGUCAGUUUUAGAAAGUUCAUGUUUGGAGGAUGUUGCAACCUCAGUGAAGAAUGCUAGCGAAAGAAGAAACUUUGAAAAUGAUAAGGAUGUUUUGGAGACCAAUAAGGACAGGAGUGAGACACAUCCCAACAAUAUGUCAAAUGCUACAGAAGACAAAAUACAAGACAUGAAACUCGGUAACGAGAUUCAGAGCCCAACUUCGGAGCUUUCUGCAUCCUCAUUAAGCAAUGGAAUAGUAGCUGAUCAUUUGACAGCAGAGAAAAGAAGAGACACUUGUGUCAUCAGGUCAGAGUUUUUUCUUCCAUCAAUUAAGCCUGCAGCUCAGAUGCAGAAGACAACAUCAUGGAAAGUGCAAAACAAUAGCAAGUCCUCAGAUGGUGGUUUAAAAAGUCUUUUACAAGACUAUCUCUUUACAACGAAGCUGGACCAAGUGCCUGCUAAGAACGGGAGAACAUCCACAGUUUUGCAGGUAUGGGGUACUUAUUGCAGGAGGAAGGACAUAAUCAUUUUCAGUUUGAUAUUAAUUUUUAUUUUUUAUUUUUUUAAAACGAUUCAUUCAGUUCCGGGUCUAUUUUUUUUUUUUUGGACCGAGUCACGAGUUUAUAGCCACCAGAAAUGGUACAAAGAGAAGGAGGACUAGACCUUGCCUUCUCAGUACAGAGGAGUAGUGAAACAGGAAGUAACUAAGAAAAAAAGUUACAAUUGCAAAAAUUUGAGCUCUCAAAAAAAACUCAUGGUGGCAGUAAAGCUGAGAUUGACCUAAGGUGGUUCAAACACAAUAUAUCUUGGUCUUCUCUUCUUGAGUCGGAAUGAGGGCAUAUUAAAUCUAUCUACGUUGAAGAGCCCUCUCACUUGAGUAGGCAGUGUGCUGACCUGGAAGUAAAUUUGUACAUCUUCAAAAGUGUAACUCAGAGCAGCCAGUUUGUCAGCGACUUUAUUGGCUUCCCUGAAGCAGUGGUUAAUUACUAUACUGUUGUUAGUGGUCAUCUUGUGCAGUUCCUUUACAAUAUCUGCAAUGAUCCAAGGAGAGGUCCAAAGUUUUUGAAUGCAAUUGGCCAGCAAAAGUGAAUCAGACUCCCCUCGAAUGAGAUUGAAACCAUUCGACAAACACCAGUUUAUACCAAACAAAAGAGCUUUAGCUUCAGCCCAAUUACUGGUUCCUUGACUUAAUGGGAUGGAGUAUGCCAUGAUGAACUGACCUGUUGAGCUCCUCACAAUACCUCCUCCACCACAUAGACCAUUGAGACAUGAACCAUCACUGUUGAUUUUGAUAUCAUUCCUCUUUUUAUGGUUUAGGCAGCAUUACAUUUUUCUGUAAUGAGUAUAGAAACAUUACAAGAGAUGUUGCUGCGUAUGUCACUCCUUUGCAAAAUAAGUCGGUGCUUGGUCUUGUCAUCCUAACGCUUUGAGUCCAUAAUACCCUAUUGCAGCUAUGUUGUCAUCCAAAAAUGUUGAAAGAGACAUUUACAUGUUAUGACUUGAUAACGGUCUUAUAUCAAACGCCUUAUUAACAACAAAAAAAAAAAAAAAAAAAAAAAAAAAAGGUCUUAUUUUCAAACCAUCAGAGUACUAGUAAAAGCUGUUGGCAGUUCUGUGACAUGUUUUCUCUUUCUAUUACUACUCCUUUACCUGCCUUCUUUAUGCCUUUGAUAGCCUGCAGCAGUCGAGUACAAAGCUAAUUCUUCUGUGCAGAUGGAAAAACCAAUUCUAAAUGAAGAUGUUGGUUCGUUAGAGGAAGGGACAGUUCAGAAACACACUGCAUCAGAGGCUGGGAUGACUUUAACUAUUGAUUCUCAUAUUGACAUAGAUAAAAGUCAUGACACCAUAAAGCAUAAUUUACCUUCAAACCAUACUACGAGCGACAAUGAAACUCCAAAAGUGCAAUCUGCUAGCAGUGGAGGAGCAUUCGAGAAAGCAAAUAGCUCGUUACAGGAAAAAAUAUCCACCAGCACUCAAGAAACAGUUUGCCAAGUAGAGGAGGGAACUUCUUUGAUAUCACAGAGUGAAUCAAGGAGGAAUAUUUCAUCAAGUUUACAAGAACAUUUUAUUUCUGUGUCUGCGGAUGUUAGUUUCUUAGGUGUAGGAACAGGCACUAAUAAAAAGGUGCUUUUGGACUCUGACACAAACUAUGAUAAGUCAGUUUUAGAAAGUUCAUGUUUGGAGGAUGUUGCAACCUCAAUGAAGAAUGCUAGUGAAAGGAGAAACUUAGAAAAUGAUAAGGGUGUUUUGGAGACCAAUAAGGACAGGAGUGAGACACAUCCCAACAGUAUGUCAAAUGCGACAGAAGACAAAAUACGAGACAUGAAACUCGGUAACGAGAUUCAGAGCCCAACUUCGGAGCUUUCUGCUUCCUCAUUAAUCAAUGGAAUAGUAGCUGAUCAUUUGACAGCAGAGAAAAGAACAGACACUGGUGUCAUCAAGUCAGAGUUUUUUCUUCCAUCAAUUAAUCCUGCAGCUCAGAUGCAGAAGACAACAUCACUGACAGUGCAAAACACUAAGCGAGAUAAUAGUGAGAGUGAUCCGCUCCAGGGAAUUAACAAGGAGAUGGCAGCAUCUUCAAAGCCAGAAUCUUCAAAGUCAAAAGAACAAGCAUCUUCGAAGCCGGAAUCUUCAAAGUCAAAAGAUCAAGAAGCUGGCAACAAAAACAUACCGCAUCAAAAAGCAUUAGUGCGGGACAGAUCACCGGAGAGGCGCAGGCCUGUUUUUUUUAAUUAAAACCAAAAGUGAUUUCGAUACCAUCACGGUGCAAACAUCGGGAGAGGCCACAUCGGGACAGCCUAGCAUAGUUGUGUACAUGCGACCUGCUGAUGGUAUU